AUGGAAUCAGAAUUUAUAGCUCUAGCAGCAGCUGGCAAAGUUUAUCAAACAGAACCAACUAUUUCAUAUGACAAGGGAGAGCGAUCAGGCAUAGCUGCUGCAAAGUUUGCAAAUGGGUGCAUCUUUUAUAGAAAGUUUUAUAGUCGAAUGGCCAUUGCUUUUAUUUCCGGAUUCUCAAGUUCCCCAUUUAUUCAAGUCACCAAUCAUUCAGAUGAAAAAGCUUCAAAAUUCUUAUCAACUUAUCCCCAACAAAGAAGUUUAGGAAGAUGUGAGUGUUCUUCGUAUCCCUCUGUUUGUAAUUGGAGUCGGCUGAAACAAAGGCAUUGGCAGCAUUUUGAGUAUGUCAAGGUCAAUAGAACCUGUGCUUACCAUAAAUCCGAGGAGUAUGACAUAACAGAAGCUGCUGUGGACUCGCUGAAGUCAGCUGAGGGGUCAAUUGAGGCUGUAUUAAUAGAAGGAAAUCUGCAACCUUGUUGGCAGCAGUUUCCAAAACGCUGGGUCAUUGUGCUGCUUUGUUUUAUGGCAUUUCUAUCAUGCAACAUGGACCGUGUAAACAUGAGCAUUGCAAUACUUCCAAUGUCACAAGAGUUCAAUUGGAACAGUGCAACGUGCAUUAGCAGACACUUGCAGUGUGAAGUAGUGCAGUUUCGUGACUUGGCACUGAAUUUAUUUUUGGAGGCAUUUGGGCUCAUAAAAUUGGUGGAAAGCUUAUUAGGUUUUGGAGUGGUUUGGUGGUCUAUAGCUACAGUUUUGACUCCUAUUGCUGCAAGAAUUGGACUCCCUUUUCUGCUGAUGAUGCGUGCUUUCAUGGGAAUUGGCGAGGGUGUUGCUAUGCCUGCCAUGAAUAACAUUCUUUCUAAGUGGAUUCCAGUGUAA